GAUUGGGCCGCUGUCAGGUGUCGCUGCCGGCAGGUUCGGGUGCGCGAGCGCAGGGAGGCGGGAAUCAACAGUAGCCUUCCAUGAGGAACUGCCUUUCCCAUUUGCUGCUGGAGUUAACGGUUUUUCCUGCUGGCAGAAUCAGGGACAUGCCAGCACUAGCGGGAUGAGUGGGUGCUCCGGCGGGGAUGUGGUCAUUGCCGGCCAGUGAGGGCGAGAGCGCCACAGCCCACUUCUUCCUUGGAGCUGGAGAUGAGGGGCUGGGCACCCGUGGAAUAGGCAUGAGGACAGAAGAGAGUGACAGCGAGCUCCUUGAGGAUGAGGAGGAUGAAGUGCCUCCUGAACCUCAGAUCAUUGUUGGCAUCUGUGCCAUGACCAAGAAAUCCAAGUCCAAGCCAAUGACCCAAAUCCUAGAGCGACUCUGCAGAUUUGACUACCUGACUGUUAUCAUCCUGGGAGAAGAUGUGAUCCUUAAUGAACCUGUGGAAAACUGGCCAUCCUGCCACUGCCUCAUCUCUUUCCACUCCAAAGGCUUUCCUCUGGACAAAGCUGUUGCUUACUCCAAACUUCGAAACCCUUUUCUUAUCAAUGACCUGGCUAUGCAGUAUUACAUCCAGGAUAGGAGGGAGGUGUACCGGAUCCUACAGGAGGAGGGUAUUGAUCUGCCUCGAUAUGCUGUGCUCAACCGUGACCCUGCCCGGCCUGAGGAGUGCAACCUGAUUGAGGGUGAAGAUCAGGUGGAGGUAAAUGGAGCCGUCUUUCCCAAGCCCUUUGUGGAGAAGCCAGUGAGUGCAGAGGACCACAAUGUUUACAUCUACUACCCCAGCUCAGCCGGAGGAGGAAGCCAGCGCCUCUUCCGUAAGAUUGGCAGCCGGAGCAGCGUUUACUCUCCUGAGAGCAGCGUCCGGAAGACAGGGUCAUACAUCUAUGAGGAGUUUAUGCCAACAGAUGGCACAGAUGUCAAGGUGUAUACAGUGGGGCCAGACUAUGCCCAUGCUGAAGCCAGAAAAUCUCCAGCUUUGGAUGGGAAGGUCGAAAGAGACAGUGAGGGGAAAGAAAUUCGAUAUCCAGUCAUGCUGACUGCCAUGGAAAAGCUGGUGGCCAGGAAAGUCUGCGUAGCUUUUAAGCAAACGGUCUGUGGUUUUGACCUCCUUCGUGCCAACGGUCACUCCUUUGUGUGUGAUGUCAAUGGCUUCAGUUUCGUCAAGAAUUCGAUGAAAUACUAUGAUGACUGUGCCAAGAUUCUGGGGAACACCAUAAUGCGGGAGCUUGCCCCGCAGUUCCAGAUCCCAUGGUCCAUCCCCACAGAAGCUGAGGACAUUCCCAUUGUCCCUACCACAUCUGGCACUAUGAUGGAACUUCGUUGCGUCAUUGCAAUUAUCCGUCACGGGGAUCGUACCCCCAAGCAGAAGAUGAAGAUGGAAGUGACACACCCAAGGUUUUUUAGUCUAUUUGAAAAACAUGGUGGCUACAAGACAGGGAAAUUAAAACUGAAGCGGCCUGAGCAGCUACAGGAGGUGCUGGACAUCACAAGGCUGCUAUUGGCUGAACUGGAAAAAGAACCAGGUGGUGAGAUUGAGGAGAAGACUGGGAAACUGGAGCAACUGAAAUCUGUGCUGGAGAUGUAUGGUCACUUCUCAGGCAUCAACCGGAAGGUGCAGUUAACUUACUACCCUCAUGGAGUAAAAGCUUCUAAUGAAGGGCAAGAUCCACAGGGGGAGGCUCUGGCCCCAUCCCUAUUGCUGGUACUGAAGUGGGGUGGAGAACUGACCCCUGCUGGCCGUGUUCAGGCUGAGGAGCUGGGGCGAGCUUUCCGCUGCAUGUACCCUGGAGGACAGGGUGACUAUGCUGGCUUCCCCGGGUGUGGGCUGCUUCGCCUCCAUAGCACCUUCCGCCACGAUCUCAAGAUUUACGCCUCUGAUGAGGGCCGUGUCCAGAUGACUGCUGCAGCCUUUGCCAAGGGCCUUCUAGCUCUAGAAGGGGAGCUGACACCCAUUUUGGUACAAAUGGUGAAGAGUGCCAACAUGAACGGGCUCUUGGACAGUGAUGGCGAUUCCCUGAGCAGCUGCCAGCACCGGGUGAAGGCUCGGCUGCACCACAUUUUGCAGCAGGAUGCACCCUUUGCCCCUGAGGAUUAUGAUCAGCUGGCUCCCACUGGAAGCACUUCCCUACUCAACUCCAUGGCUAUAAUCCAGAAUCCUGUGAAGGUCUGUGAUCAGGUAUUUGCCCUGAUUGAAAACCUCACUCACCAGAUCCAGAAACGGAUGCAGGACCCCAAGUCUGUAGACCUGCAGCUUUACCACAGCGAGACACUAGAGCUAAUGCUACAGCGUUGGAGCAAGCUGGAGCGUGACUUUCGACAGAAGAGUGGGCGCUAUGAUAUCAGUAAGAUCCCUGACAUCUAUGACUGUGUCAAGUAUGAUGUGCAGCACAAUGGGAGUCUGGGACUUCAAGGAACAGCAGAGUUGCUCCGUCUCUCUAAGGCACUGGCUGAUGUGGUCAUUCCCCAGGAGUACGGGAUCAGUCGGGAGGAGAAACUGGAAAUUGCUGUGGGCUUCUGUCUUCCACUGUUGCGGAAGAUACUACUUGACCUGCAGAGAACCCACGAGGAUGAGUCUGUCAACAAGCUGCACCCCCUGUACUCCCGAGGAGUGCUCUCCCCAGGCCGCCAUGUUCGAACACGUCUCUACUUCACCAGUGAAAGCCACGUCCACUCCCUACUCAGUGUCUUCCGUUAUGGGGGACUUCUUGAUGAGACCAAGGAUGCACAAUGGCAGCGAGCUUUGGCUUAUCUUAGUGCCAUCUCAGAGCUCAACUACAUGACCCAGAUUGUCAUCAUGCUUUAUGAAGACAACACACGGGAUCCCUUAUCAGAGGAGCGGUUCCAUGUGGAGCUGCACUUCAGCCCUGGAGUGAAAGGUGUCGAGGAAGAAGGCAGUGCCCCAACUGGCUGUGGAUUCCGUCCAGCCUCUUCUGAGAAUGAGGAGAUGAAAACAGACCAAGGCAGCAUGGAGGACCUGUGCCCGGGGAAGGCAUCAGAUGAGCCAGACGGAGCAUUGCAGACCUCACCCCAGCCCUCUGAGGGCCCUGGCCUCCCAAAGAGAUCACCCCUCAUUCGUAACCGAAAAGCCGGCUCCAUGGAGGUCAUGAACAUGCAGUGCACGGGGAACCUGGACCUGAUCCCCUUGCGGGGACGGCGCCGCCGGAGGUCAGGGGACCUCCCCCGGCCUUCCCCAGCCAUCGGCCUACAGCCCCGGGCUGUGUCCACCACUCACCUGGCAUCCUGCACACAGGUGCUUUCUGAGACUUCAUCCUCGAGGCCUGGUGGCUACCGACUCUUUUCAUCUUCACGGCCACCAACGGAGAUGAAGCAGAGUGGCCUAGGCUCACAGUGCACGGGGCUGUUCAGCACCACAGUGCUGGGCGGCUCCUCCAGCGCCCCGAAUCUUCAGGACUACGCCCGCAGCCAAGGCAAAAAGCUACCACCUGCCAGUCUGAAGCACCGAGAUGAGCUCUUGUUUGUCCCGGCCGUAAAACGAUUUUCUGUGUCGUUUGCAAAGCAUCCGACUAACGAGCUGCUGGAUGACCAGCACCCUGUGGUCCGGUUGCUGCGCAGUUUUUCCUCUGACUGCACAGGGGGCUGGCCAGUCUCCUUGGAUGCCACGCUGGCGCAUCACCUGCACCAGUGCUCCUACCACCUGCGCCUCUUCCGGAACUGGCUGCGCUCAGGCCAGGAUGAUCCUGAGUGCCUCUACGGAUUUGAAGGGUGCUCCAUGGUGCCUACCAUUUACCCCCUGGAAACACUGCAUAAUGCCCUUUCCCUGCGUCAAGUGAGUGAAUUCUUGAGUAGAGUCUGCCAGCGCCACACUGAUGCCCAAGCACAGGCAUCUGCAGCCAUUUGAUGGACCACAAACCAGUGGAAUAUCUAAGUUUCUUCACUUUCACCAAGAACCAAUUUUAUUGAGGAUGCAUGAUCUAGGGCAAGGAAAGCACAAGGUGAUCCUGAGGCAUGUUGUAACAGAAGCAAGGAAGCAAUCAAGCCUGAAGAGGCUCCCACUGACCAGAAUUGGAAUAUUUUAGCAUUAAAAAGAAUAAUUUAUUGUAAUUGAUUAAAGUGCACUGAACAUGUAAACAUCUACAAGCUCAUAAUGAAUCUUACAAAAAAGAGAACAAAAAUAAAAUAAAAUAAUAAUCAUCUGUCACUAUUGAUGAAUACUUUUCACCAGCUCUUUCUUCUGAAAACUAAUUAAAGGGAAAUAAACAUUUAUCCUUCCUUUUCAGUAAGAACUGCAGUUUAAUGUAAUCAAAUGGCCCCAGUUAAAGAGAGAAAGCUCUUCUUUACAGAAAAUAUGCCAGCUAAUAAAUACAGAAUUGAUAGAAUUAGAAAAUCACCACUUGACAGUCCUAAUAAAGUAAUUAAGGAUCAUCAGUGGAUACUAACACAAUUAGGUGAAAUGUUGAUCAGGUUCCACAGUGCCAAAGGAUUACCUCUAAUCAGAAGGGGAAAACUUUACAAUGGUGAGAUCUCAUGGGCCCCACUUUAACUUUGUUAGUAAAUUUAGCCUUAGUGGGAUAAUGAGACAUUAUGUUCAUCUAGUAUGAUGCAAUAUAAAGUACACAGGAUCACCUCUUGAAGUAUUCUUGCCAAAGUUAUUUAUUUAUUUACUUAUUUAUUUAUUAUUUUUUUUGGCUGUGUUGGGUUUUCAUUGCUGCGCACGGGCUUUCUCUAGUUGCAACAAGUGGGGGCUACUCUUCACUGUGGUGCUCAGGCUUCUCAUUGCAGUAGCUUCUAUUGUUGUGGAGUACCGGCAGUAGGUGCAUGGGCUUCAGUAGUUGCAGCAUGUGGGCUCAGUAGUUGUGGCAUGCGGGCUCUAGAGCGUGCAGGCUUCAGUAGUUCUGGCGCACAGGCUUAGUUGCUCCACAGCGUGAGAUCUUCCCAGACCAGGGAUCGAACCUAUGUCUCCUGCAUUGGAUUCUUAACUACUACACCACCAGGGAAGUCCCAAAGUUAUUUAAACUGAAUCAUUGAACCAGUCAGAAUGGCCAUCAUCAAAAAAUCUACAAACGAUAAAUGCUAGAGAGGGUGUGGAGAAAAGGGAGCCCUCCUACACUGUUGGUGGGAAUGCAAACUGGUGCAGCCACUAUGGAGAACAAUAUGGAGGUUCCUUAAAAAACUAAAAUUAGAGCUACCAUAUGAUCUAGCAAUCCCACUCCUGGUCAUAUAUGCAGAGAAAACUGUAAUUUGAAAAGAUACAUGCACCCCAAUGUUCAUAGCAGCACUAUUUACAGUAGCCAAGACAUGGAACCAACCUAAAUGUUGAUCGACAGAUAAAUGGAUAAAAAAGAUGUGGUACAUAUAUACAAUGGAAUAUUACUCAGCCAUAAAAAAGAAUAAUUAAUGCCAUUUGCAGCAACAUGGAUGGACCUAGAGAUUAUCAUAGUAAGUGAAGUCAGACAAAGAUAAAUAUCAUAUGAUAUCACUUAUAUUUUGAAUCUAAAAUAUGAUACAAAUGAACUUAUUUAUAAAAUAGAAAUAGACUCAUAGCCAUGGAAAACAAAUUUAUGGUUACCAAAGGGGAAAGGGGGGAGAGGGAUAAAUUAGGAAUUUGGGAUUAACAUAUACAUACUACUAUAUAUAAAAUAGAUAGCCAACAAGAACCUACUGUAUAGCACAGGUAACUAUAUUCAAUAUCUUGUAAUAACAUAUAGUGGAGACAAAUCUGAAAAAGAAUAUAUAUACACAUAACUGAAUCACUUUGCCAUACACCUGAAACUAACAUUAUAAAUCAACUAUACUUCAAUUUUUUAAAAAUUAUCAAAACCUAAAAAAAAUUAUUAAAAAUGUAAGCAUUUGUUUUUACACUAAAAAAAGAAAAAGAAAAACACCUCAAAUGGACUUCCCUGGUGAUGCAGUGGUUAAGAUUCUGCCUGCCAAUGCAGGAGACACGGGUUCAAUUCCUGGUCCGGGAAGAUCCCACAUGCCGUGGAGCAACUAAGCCCGUGCACCACAACUACUGAGCCUGAGCUGUAGAGCCCGUGAGUCACAACUACAGAGCCUGCAUGCCACAACUACCGAAGCCCACGCUCCUAGAGCCCGUGCUCCACAACAAGAGAAGCCACCGCAAUGAGAAGCAUGUGCACUGCAACGAAGACUAGCCCCCACUCGCCGCAACUAGAGAAAGCCCGUGUGCAGCAACAAAGACCCAAUGCAGCCAAAAAUAAAAAAUUAAAAACAAACAAGAGGGCUUCCCUGGUGGCGCAGUGGUUGAGAGUCCGCCUGCCGAUGCAGGGGACACGGGUUCGUGCCCCGGUCCGGAAAGAUCCCACAUGCCGCGGAGGGGCUGGGCCCGUGAGCCAUGGCCGCUGAGCCUGCACGUCCGGAGCCUGUGCUCCACAACGGGACAGGCUACAACAGUGAGAGGCCAGCGUACCACAAAAAAAAAAAAAAAAAAAAACCAAGAAAGAACACCUGAAUCAUUGAAUCAAGCCUUUUGUAUCUGUCAGUUUAUAGGAAAUACAAGGGAUAGUGAAACAAGUUAAAUGUUUCAGUGAGGAAGCAAUCAGACAAAUCCAGAGUGUGGAAUGUGACAUUCUGUGAGACAGCUGGCCUGUUCUUUUCAAAAAGUCACUAUGAGGGACUUCCCUGGUGGCACAGUGGUUAAGAAUCCGCCUGCCAAUGUAGGGGACACGGGUUCGAUCCCUAGUCCAGGAAGAUCCCACACACCACAGAGCAACUAAGCCCAUGUGCCACAACUUAUGAGCCUGUGCUCUAGAGCCCGCAAGCCACAACUACUGAGCCCAUGUGCCACAACAACUGAAGCCUGCACACCUAGAGCCCAUGCUCCACAACAAGAGAAGCCACCACAAUGAGAAGCCCACGCACCGCCACGAAGAGUAGCCCCCGUUCACCGCAACUAGAGAAAGCCUGCAAGCAGCAACGAAGAUCCAAUGCAGCCAAAAAUAAAUAAAUAAAUUUAUUUUUUUAAAAAG